AUGACAGAGUUCUAUCCACAAAGCCAAAUUUCCUGAGUGAGCCCAAUCUUCAGAAGGCUGUCCUUAGGGCAGCUAAACCCAGUCAAAGCCUUCAGAUAUUCAACUUUACUUCCGGUGGUCUCUUCUUUCCACACUCCAGAGCGUUGGAGAAAUAUGGAUGGGGCAAACAUGAGUCAAGGGGUUGAGUUUGAGCUCUUGGGUCUCACCAGUGACCCCCAGCUCCAGAUGCUGCUCUUCAUGGUGUUCCUGGGCAUGUAUGUCAUCACUUUGUUGGGGAAUCUGGUCAUGUUCCUCCUGAUCCACAUGAGUGCAUCCCUGCACACACCCAUGUACUCCCUCCUAAAGAGCCUUUCCUGCUUGGAUUUCUGCUACUCCUCCACGGUUGUCCCCCAGACCCUGGUGAACUUCUUGGCCAAGAGGAAGGUGAUCUCCUAUCUCGGCUGCGUGGCUCAGAUGUUCUUCUAUGCAGGCUUUGCCACCAGUGAGUGCUACCUCAUUGCUGCCAUGGCCUAUGACCGCUACGCUGCUAUUUGUAACCCCCUGCUCUACUCAAUCACCAUGUCUCCUGAGGUCUGUACCUCUUUGAUUUUUGGCUCCUACAGUGCAGGAUUUCUCAAUUCUCUUAUUCACACAAGCUGUAUCUUCAGCCUAAAGUUCUGUGGUGCUCACAUAGUCACUCACUUCUUCUGUGAUGGACCUCCUAUCCUGUCCCUCUCUUGCAUGGACACCUCCCUGUGUGAGAUCCUGCUCAUCAUUUUUGCUGGUUUCAACCUUUUGAGCUGCAUGCUCACCAUCUUUGUCUCCUACCUCUUCAUCCUUAUCACCAUCCUGAGGAUGAACUCAGCCCAGGGCAGGUUCAAGGCAUUUUCCACCUGUGCCUCCCACCUCACUGCUGUCUGCCUCUUCUUUGGCACAACACUUUUUAUGUACCUGCGCCCCAGGUCUAGCUACUCCCUGACUCAAGACCGCAUAGUUGCUGUGAUGUACACAGUAGUGAUCCCAGUGCUGAACCCCCUGAUCUACUCUUUGAGAAAUAAGGAUGUAAACAAAGCUUUAAGAAAGAUUUGGGGCAGGAAAACAAUGGGAUGA